GGUGUCGCGCGCUAGAAAUAUCUGCACUUCAAAAACAUUUGAAGCAAACUCGCGUAUGACCUAAGAGAAAUUACUUAUCACAAAAUCGCUCAAAGCUGAGCAAACAUGGUUGACAAUUCSGAGAAAACACUGGAAAUUCAAGCAAGAUGUCGUGGUCCAGGGCCCGCUAAGUAUCUUUUGCCCGGUUGCGUCGGGCAAAUCAAUCACGAUUUGAGGAAAACUAUCAAUCCCGCAUUCAGUUUYGGCCAUCGAAGUCGCGAACUUGCAGACGGUUCUAGCCCCGGACCUAAGUACAUGGUACCACCCGGCUAUACGGAAAAAGGAAAGGACGGUUCACCGGCUUUUUCGUUGUACACCAGGGCAAAGGAAAGAAACAGAAAUAACGUACCAGGACCAGACUUGAUCAGGGAUCAAUUUAGGGAUCAUUUCGAGGAUCAAUAUUUGAAGGAUCAGAUUUCUACAUCUUGGGAAUUUGAAGCUGUUUGGAUGCAUAAGCCACGUGCUCGGGAGAUCUCAUUUGGUGUAAGACACUCCGAGUACACACUACCGCUCGUUGUCGAUAUUCCAGAUGUGGACUAAUGAAAAAAUUGAAUCAUUUGGUCAUUCUCAACAGAAGGUCUGCGCCUGCGUGUACAUUUGGUAUUCGWCACAGCCCUUUUGUUAAUGCUAUGAAGACGAUGUAAAUAAAGUUAUUCUCGUUAUAAUAAUAUAUACAUGUAAUACUGCAAUUCAAUGUACAGAAAGUUGAACUUCAAGAUCGUAUAUUGAUGAAUUGCAGUUCUGUACUUGUAACAAAGUGUGUGUAUUAUCAUUAAAUUGUGGUGCAACAUCCACUUA